CGCAGUAGGGUGGGCAUUUUUAUCUGCAACCACCUGAACAAGACCGGAAAUAUGCCGAAACUAGUCGAUUCGGUUCUAGUUCUCAAGAAACAUAAACUGAACCACUUGGUGCCCACCAACUCUCAUAAGAUAAAAAAUACACACUUAAAAAUGUUAAGAGAUGUUUACCGUCUUCUGGGUUCGUCGCAGAUGAGAUUGCGUUAAUCCAAGUGAAGAGGAAGAGAGAGCAGAAAAGAAGCCGGAAUGCUGCCAUGGCUGCACUAAGAAGUCAAAACCCACGUUGUGAAAUGAAUUGUUUAGCAGUCUACAGCUAUAUAAAGAACAAGGCUGAUCCCCCAGACCCAUUAAAGAUCCAUGAAGAAGACAUUAUUGGAGUCACUGUACUACUUCUGACAUGCUCAUAUCAGGGGCAAGAAUUCCGUCAAGUACGAUACUAUGUUGACGACAAUUACGAUGAUGAGCAGCAAAGAGAAGAACCUUCUCAAAAAGUUUUGAUUGAUAAGACCAAAGAAAUAUUUUGGCCUGCAAGCCUCGAGUGACAAUUUCCAAUUACUUUUUAUCCUGAAAAUUGGGAAAAACUCCCAUCAUCACCCUAGCAGAUUACAGAAUUCGCAUGGAAAGGCACCUAUUUCCUAACCCUCAGUCUGACAUUCAGUCCCCAUAAACUCCAGAACUGUUAGUCUAGAAACCUCGCUAGGAAUGGUUGUAUCGAUUUAUUAGGAUAUGCUUGGCUACAGACUGAUUAGUUCAUGUAUCAUUUUUCAUUAGCUCAAUUUUCAAGAA